ACUUUUCUUAGAGAUUUACAACUCACAGAAAUUAAAUACAAAGCUACAGAGCUACGAUCACAGAAACAGGCAUCGAAAAGUCAUUUAUGCAAUAUUUGAUACCUGUAAUAAAUUAAAAGCAACAGGCACGUUACUAGGGUUCAGAAACUUUGUCGCACCAAGUACAAACAUGGAAGUUAUUACAACUGAACGUCCAUCUACGAGUGAAGCGGUGGCACAUUGGCAGCUAAACAAGAACCUAGGUGGUUGUCUAAUAGAGUUGUAUGAGAGGAAUUUAUGGACAGAUGUAAAGUUCUGCUGUAAAGAUCAUGACGAAGGUGAGACAAUUCAUGCUCACAAGAUAGUUUUGGCGGCGAGAAGUCCUGUAUUCCAGCAAAUGUUUUUUGGUGCAUUUAAGCAGGAUAAAGAAGAGAUUGAUGUAGAGAAAAGAGUUUUUGAUCUUCUUCUGAGGUACAUAUAUAGUGAUACAGUUACACUGCAUGAAGACACAGCUUCUGAUUUGUUACAACUUGCUCAUAUGUAUCAAAUUUCCACGUUGGUAGAAUUAUGUGCAGAUUAUUUACAAACCAUCUUAACACCGGAAAAUGCAUGCGAUAUUCUACAACUCGCAAUGAUGUAUGAAAUAGCAAGUCUUACAGAGGCAUGUUGUCUUGUCAUCGAUAAAAAUGCCAUGUCUGUCCUUAAUUCAGAUGGGUUCAUGAAUUUGAGAAAAGAUGCUUUGCACAUGAUUUUGAAAGGAGACACGUUUUUGGCAAAUGAAGAGGAAAUAUUUCUGAAGGUUGAAGAGUGGGCUAAGCAACGUUUAGCAGAACAAAAGAUGCAACCCAGUGGCAACAACGUUCGAACAUAUCUUGGAGAAUCGUUUUAUUAUCUCAGAGUACCCACCAUGUCAUAUCAGUCAAUGAGAAGAUGCAUACAAGAUAAAGAUUAUUUUACACAAGAUGAAGAAAGUAAGAUCGAUGACUUCAUUAACAAAGUCAACACUGCUGCUGUGACGAGUAACUCGUGUGAGCCCCGAACUUCAAUUUAUGAAACGCUGACAUGGAAUACAACAAGAUCUGAAACGGAACAGGACACAAGUCAUUCUCUUAAUUUUGACUUUGAUAUUGACCUGAAGAAAAGUGUGAAGCUAAUCAGUUUAAGCCUUUGCGAUAUUGACGUAUACAUUAAAUACUUGCAUUAUAUUCUGGUAGAUUAUAAUUCAGACAAUAGCACUGGGGAAUCAUUAUCAGAAUUAAUUCAAGAAUACACAGAUAAAGUGAUCCGCCUCGUGCAUUAUAGCAAGCGGCAUCGACGUUUUGAGAGGAGAGUCCAGAUAUUUAAUGAGAAAGAAAGACUAGAUCUUGAAAAGGGUUUAAUAACAUCUAUCCACGGUCAAAUAGAAAUCAAAGAAUUGAAUUUUAAACACACAUUUCAGUUUAAUCCAAUACCAACGUCGUCUCAUGAUGUUCUUCUAGAAAGACCAUUGCUAUUAAAGAAAACGGGCACACCAUAUAGAGUCAAUUUGAAUUUAAAAUUCAAUUGUUGCCUGCAAUCAAGUUAUUGUCGCUAUGAUCGAAGUCGGGUGGUAAUGCAGGGAUUCAAAAUGUCUGAAGACGUCAAAAGCGUAAGAGAUACUAUUGUAGUAUCUCCCGUAGGUAAAUCUUACGGCUUGCUGAAAAGCAUCACAUUUCAGAACGUUUCAAACCGCCAGUGAUUGUUCAUAGUAGAAAUAGAAAUAAAGAAUUUUAUAUUUGUAUAUAGACAAUUUAAGAUAAAUUUUAUACAUCAUGUAUAUUUUUAUUGUUUGAGCAGACAUAAAAUAACUGCACUUUAACCUUUAUCUUCUUGAGAUUAAUCUUUAAUUUUAAUGCAUUAUCUUUAAUUUGUUUGUAGGCAUCAAUAUGAAUUCGUAAUGUUUCAAGAACGUUACGAUUUGUUUCUAUAAGGUGUUUGUCAUAAUGGGGAAUACUGAUGAGCCAAGAGGAAAAUGAUAAGACACGAAUUAUUUGUUAAAGUAAGAUAUCAUCGCUUGAAAUUUUUUUUGUUCUAAGUGCAAUUUUGUCAUUGACAGUUUUGCAUUACUUUUUUUAUUUAUUGUCGGAUUUUGAAAAUUUAAAAACUACUUAACUUGAUGUCGGGAGAAAAACUCAAUAUCGUUAAAGAUUUGUGGAUUUUAAUGUUCCCUUGCUUAAAAACCUAAGAAUACAUUUGGAAAUAGAAAAGUCCUUGUAACUUUUUUCAAAAAUUGUUAAAAUCAAAGUGUUUAAUGUGACUUAGAACAUUACGUCUUUUAAGCUGAAUUGAUUUUUGUCACAUAAAAUAGCAUGUUUUAUCUUUAAAAGGCUGCCAAAAAUGUUCUCGGCUAAUUAUCCCUUGAUUAGUAGUCUUUGAGACCACACUAUUUCGUAGGCCAUUUGCAUCUAUGACAUUUGAAAUUUUAUUAAAAUCCUUUGAUUCAGUACAUUAUUAAGUGACAUUAAAACAAUAAUAUAAAUAAAUAAAGAUAAAAUAACCACAUGAAUUUUGUAGCAUUUUUAUCUAUUUUUAUAACUUAAGUCAUUACAAUUUAAUACCUUCAAAGUGAUUCAAUGUCUAGAAAAAAGCCGCAAACGGGAUUAGAAACUUUCAAAUCCUCUAGAAUGCUGGAAAAUUCUUUUAAGAUUUUUUUUUCAUGAAAAUUCAAAAGAUGGUCUAAUUCAUAUUCCUUCCAAAAGUAUGAAAUAGUAGUAACUAUGUUGUAAUGCGCUUUGCACGUUUUGUUUGUGUUCGUAAGAAGUUCUUCUAAUUGUAGGUAUGAAAAAAAUGUGACUAUAACUUAAGUAUGUAAUGAAAACAUAUCUGCUAGAAAAGACCAUACAGGUAGUAGAAGGCAUGACUUAUAUUUGAAAAUGUCAUAUUUAAAGAGUGUCCGUGUACAUUUAAC